AUGUUCAGUGGCUCCUCGAGCCCACCCAAAGAUAGAUCCGACACAACAAUUGCCCGUUCCGGUGCUAUUGACACGCCGCCUCUAAGUAUUCGCACCGAGGAUUCCAGUGUCACCCCCAAGAAAUUCUCCCCACCCGGUGGUUUCUUCACCCGACGGACAAGCGAAGAUCAAGGGCCCGGCAACGAGAAGAAGCGCCGCAGCAGCACGGUCACCAAAGCGGCCUCAUUCUUCACCAGCGCCAAGAACUCCCUGAGCCUGUCAAGCAGCCCACGUGAGCAUUCCUCUUUCAACAACUAUACCAUCCAAGAGCAGCCGGGCCUGGCGAAAUUUGGGAGCAUGGACCCUGCCUUGAGCGUUCCUCAAGGGUCAUUGAACAACUCGGCUGGUGAAUCGCAUCCCACUGCACGCUCGUCAUUCAAAGUCGGCGUCACAGAGGACCGGAAUCGAAAAUGUCGUCGCACGAUGGAAGAUACCCAUGCCUACUUGUACAACUUCCUGGGGACUCCCGCACUCUUAGCCCCGGGUGAUACGGGCAGCAAAGCAAUAGCCGUCCCGACCAAAACUUCUCCUUCAUCCGCGAAAUCAACUAGCGUGGUUGAAACUGACAAUGGAUACUUCGCCAUCUUCGAUGGGCAUGCCGGCACUUUUGCUGCUGAAUGGUGUGGAAAGAAGCUGCACUUGAUCCUCGAGGAUGUAAUGCGCAAGAACCCUAGCACGCCUGUCCCGGAGCUCCUGGACCAGACCUUCACGAGCGUCGAUCAACAGCUGGAGAAGCUGCCCUUGAAGAACAGUGGAUGCACUGCGGUCAUUGCUCUGCUGAGAUGGGAAGAUAGAGUACCCAGCUCGCAUUCCGCCACGGGCUCAUCCGCUCUCGCAUCCGCCGCCGCCGCCGCCGCCGCCGCCGCCGCGGCCAAGGCUGAUACAGAUUCUGACGACGCGGGCGACACGCCUACUCAGGCCGCCGUCUCUGGGGCACUUCCCAAACUACAGGAGAAGGCAGCUCGUCAGCGCGUUCUCUACACUGCUAACGUCGGUGAUGCACGCAUUAUCUUAUGUCGCAAUGGCAAGGCACUUCGUCUGUCUUACGAUCACAAGGGUAGUGACGAGAACGAAGGAAAGCGAAUAGCGAACGCCGGAGGGUUGAUCCUGAACAAUCGCGUUAAUGGUGUUCUCGCGGUCACCAGAGCGUUGGGUGAUGCGUACUUGAAGGAUCUCGUGACCGGACAUCCGUACACCACAGAGACCGUCAUUCAGCCAGAAUCGGAUGAGUUCAUCAUCCUGGCCUGUGAUGGGCUUUGGGAUGUGUGCAGUGACCAGGAAGCUGUAGACCUUAUCCGGAAUGUGCCUGAUGCCCAGGAAGCAUCCAAAAUCCUGGUUGAUCAUGCUCUUGCCCGAUUCAGCACGGAUAACCUCUCUUGCAUGGUAAUCCGCUUCGAUACGGAUCGUGUCAAGGAAGUGGUCAACCGCACGGCUGAACCCAUCGGCGUCGAAGGCGAUCAGGACACUGAACACGGCGUUAGUGAGGCCGAUAAGAUCGUUGAGGCAGCUCGCAAGAGUAUGGCCAAAGCGGGGCUUGCAGACAAUCCCGAAAAGGCGGAGAAAGCCCAGGAGGAAAUUCUAGAGAAAAUGGCAAGCGAGCAACCCGAGCCCGCGCCGCCAGCUAAGGAUGACAGCGGUGCUGCGAUUGCGGACAAGCUGAAAGUGCCUGAACCCAGGAACCCGACUGCAUAA